AUGAUGGCGGAUAGGACGCAGCCGGCGGCGCUCUCCUGGCAGAGCCUCGCGGAGAGCGGGCGGCUCGCCCGCGCGCUUGACAGGGAGAGCGCAGCCGCCCCGCACCUCCGAAAGCUCCGCCUCACCCUCGAGCCCAAAGCGGAGCCGCACACGCUGCGGCUCCAAAUGCCGUGCGACUGCGGGAGCUGCAUCGUCAAGGCACAGAUGAAGGCGGGGGCCUCCUGCCUGGUGCUGGUCUGGAACGAGGAGAAGCAGAAGUGCUCGCUCCGCCUCAAAGAGCUCGCGGACGCCGCGCCUAGCGAGGGGCCGCCUGUGCCCGCCGCCGGCGUUGCGGCUGCAGAGGCGGGCACUCAAGCGGUGGCAAGCACUGCCACUGCCGAGGCGCUGGAUAGCGACGACGAGCCGGAGCCGGCGGCUGCUACGCCCGUCAUUACCGCUCCUCCCGCCUUCGUGACAACCCCGGCGGCUCAGGCACGCGCGCCAACACCGCCCGCAGCCGGCCGCUCGGCCGCCCACGUGCUGUCGGCUCUUGCGCCUGCUGACGUCGGCGGCGGGAUCUCCAGCGCCGACAGCGCCGAUGAUGCGGCGCUGCCCCUGCUCGACCCAGACAGCCGGGCAGUGUCGAACCUCCGCGCCAUGAUGUCCAACCCGGAAAAGUACGCCGCUCCGCCGGUCACGCUCACGGUCGCCGACGCGGCGCAGAUCUACUGGCUCUUCACGCACAAGUAUAGGGGUAUCGGGCAGCCGGUGUGUUCCGAGCUCGCGAAGCACGGCAAGCUCGGCUUCUACACCGCCCUCGCCUCGCUCUCCGCGGGCAAGUUUGUGCAUGUGGACGCGCGCAAGUGCCGCUCGCUGCUCGCGAUGCUCAAGGCAGGAUCGCCGCGCUCCGCCACUAGCCUCCUUGCGCUGGAUAUGGCGCGCCGGAGAGCAGCCUUGCUGUCGGCCGAGUACACGGCGCCGCUCCGGUACGACUUUGACAACGGAAGAUUCAUCGCGAAAGCGGCCAGCACCGCGACGGAGGCAGGCGGAUCAAACGUGUUCAAGAACCAGUCUGGCCGCUACCAGGCGCGGCACAGGGUGCACAACAGGCAGGUCGCCAUCGGCCACUUUGACACGGCGGUGGAGGCGGCGGUGGCGUACGCGCGAGCAGUCGGCGAGUACCAGCCUCCGGCUCCUCCGACAGUGGCGACGGAGGCAGAGGGGCUGCGGCUGCAUUUGUCCAGCAGCAACGCCACCGGCUACAAGGGGCUGACUAGGCACAACUCCGGCCGCUUCCAGGCGCAGCACAGGGUGGACGGAGGGCUGGCUUUCCUCGGCCUCUUCGACACCGCGGUGGAGGCGGCGGUGGCGUACGCGCGCGCGGGUUUGCGUCUGCAUUUGUCCAGCAGCAACAGCACCGGCUACAUGGGCGUGACCAAGAGCACCGCGCAGGCUGGCCGCUUCCAGGCGCGGCACAGGGUGGACGGAAGGAAGGUCAGACUAGGCGACUUCGAUACAGCGGUGGAGGCGGCAGUGGCGUACGCGCGAGCAGUCGGCGAGUACCAGCCUCCGGCUCCUCCGACUGUGGCGACGGAGGCGGAGGGCUUGCGCUUGCACCUCUCCAGCAGCAACGCCACCGGCUACAAGGGGGUGGUCAAGCAAAUCAAAGGCCGCUUCGAGGCAGCGCACUAUGUGGGCGGAAGGAGGGUCCACGUCGGCAUCUUCGACACCGCGGUGGAGGCGGCGGUGGCGUUCGCGCGGGCGAUCAACCUGCAGGCCUACGCCGCCGCCUUUGACGCCGAGGGCUACGACGACAUCUCGUUCUUGCGCGGACUGGACGCCGCCGAGCGGGCGGACGUGGCCAAGGAGACGGGGAUGAAGCCCGGGCACGCGGGCAGGUUUGUCAAGUUCGGCUUCGCGCCGCCAUGA